GAUGAUUUCACGGCAACAGCAGUGAAACACAGAGUGCGCUCCGAUAGCUGGUUACUGAAUGAGAUACUGCAAAUGGGUGGAAAGAAAAAAGACAGCAUGUGAGAGAGAGUCAGAGAGACACAGAGAGGGAAGCUGAGAGCAAGGAAAGUGCUCCGGCUCGAGGAGAGUCUCCCAGGUGUACUGCAGAAGCUUUUUGGAAAUGGAUGCAAGGACCAUCUGCUGCCUAUAGAUGAGAGGGCUGUAGACUAGGAGUGGAGAGAAAGAGCUUCUGGCUGUUUUGAAUAAAAAUCGAAGUUCUGCAUAACUGAUUCAUCGAGAUAAAUCAUGAAUAUGCUCUUGCAUGGGAUAUUAAUGUAUAAAUCCAUGCUACAGAUAGACAGAGUACAGCCUACAUUGCUAUAAAAAAAUAAAACCAGCAACAAUGCAGUGAAUAAAUUCUGCAGUCAUUAUCUGAUUUAUGUACGAAGAAAAAGAGAAGCAAAACACAGACAGCUCUUAUCGUACUGUGGCAUUUGCAAGGCACUGUAUUUAAUGCUGAGAGAUGCUAUACAUUAAAUCUGACAACUGUGAAAAGAGAGAUCAUGGAGAAGUCAAGUAGUGAGGAUUCUUCAAUUCACCGGAGUCCAUCUUUGGAUAGCAAAGACUCAGAUUUUGCUAAACCUUCUACCUCAGGGAGGCAAUUUGGUCGAGGUUUUACUGCUGGAGCUUUCUAUGGUACAACUGGAUCACGCACACAGAGCCACACUGGGGUCGGAACCGGGACCGGCGUUGGGACUGGGACUGGCGUAAAAAGUGACAAAUACAGUGCACCCAAAGGCAGCAAAUACGUGGUCUUUUACCUGGAUCUAUCCUUUGUUUUCCUUUUAGAAUUUAAGAAGUGCAACAUGGCAAGAGGCUGCCUGUGUUGUUUGAAAUACAUGAUGUUCCUUUUCAAUUUAAUAUUUUGGUUAUGUGGCUGUGGGCUGCUGGGUGUGGGCAUCUGGCUGUCAGUGUCGCAAGGAAACUUCGCCACAUUUUCUCCCAGCUUUCCAUCACUUUCAGCUGCCAACCUAGUCAUUGCCAUUGGCACAGUCAUCAUGGUGACCGGCUUUCUGGGCUGCCUAGGUGCUAUCAAGGAAAACAAGUGCCUCCUGUUGAGCUUUUUCAUCGUUUUGCUGAUAAUUCUCCUGGCAGAGCUGAUAUUACUCAUUUUGUUCUUUGUUUAUAUGGACAAGGUCAGUGAGAGUGCAAAGAAGGAUUUGAAGGAAGGUAUGAAGCUAUACAAUUCAGAAAAUAAUGUUGGACUGAAAAAUGCAUGGAAUAUCAUUCAAGCAGAGAUGAAAUGCUGUGGUGUGAAUGACUUUACGGAUUGGUACCCAGUGCUGGGAGAAAACACUGUCCCAGACCGAUGUUGUACGGAAAACUCACAAGACUGUGGACGGAACUCCACCGAAUUAGUGUGGAAAACGGGAUGUUAUGAGAGAGUUAUGACCUGGUUUGAUGAGAAUAAGCAUGUCCUCGGUUCAGUUGGGAUGUGCAUCCUCAUAAUGCAGAUUCUUGGCAUGGCCUUCUCCAUGACACUCUUCCAGCAGAUUCACAGGACUGGCAAAAAAUACGAUGCCUAAAGCCUCUGAAACAUUAUCACAUCAACCCUUCUGACUCAUCAUAAAAAUGAACAAAAGGAAUGACCUCAAAGAGUAUCAAGCCUAGCCCUGCUGAGGGAAUCCGUCCCAUUGACCGAUCUACUUUGUUGUUACUUGUCCGGUUAUUACCACAGCUUGUUAUCUGACUCAUUUUUUUGUCUGUUUCACAUUUGCCAUUUAUUUGCCAAAGAGGGGGGAAACCCCCCAAACAAACGGAUUUUCUACACGAAAUCAUAGAUCUGCUUUAAGAAUGUUUCUUAACUUAAGAACAUGUUUUGCUCUACUAAUCCAUGCUAUAUGUGCAAAAAU